AUGCUCAUGAUGAACGAUUUCGGGUCGAUGGGCCCGGGCAACAUGAUGCCGCCGUCGUUCAAUCCCAUGUGCCAGGGGCUGUUCGAGCACCAAAUGCCCAAGCCCAGGCUUGCGUUCAAGAUGCCCCGCGUGGUGCCCGACCAGAAAAACAAGUUCCAGACGGACGAUCUGUUCAAACGACUCAGUCGCGAGAGUGACGUCAGGUAUACAAGCUACAGAGACAGGCCUCAUGAAGAACGACAAAACCGUUUUCAAAUGGGUUGUCGUGAAGGACACGUGGACAUCGCUUUCGCCACGACAGGAACAAAUCUUCAACUCAUGUUCACUCCGAAUAUGCCGUCAAUGACAUCUUACCACCAACCCACUAUUGGUUAUUGCGAUUUUGAAAAAGAACCAGGAAUGGUCCAUAUAUUAUCGCCGUUUAUAAUGAACGGGGUGUGCGUGCAGUGGAAGGGUCGGAUCAAUUUAGAAAAGUUAGACGGCAUUGGAUGUUUGGAAUUCGACGAAGAACGAGCAAUGAUCGAACACCAAAUAUUGCAAGAACAGAUAGAAAGGUACAACAACCGCAUAAAAGACCAUCAGGACAAAUCGCGGGUGUACAGACACCAAGAACGCGUCAACGUACCCGAGAUGGACGUCAACAAGAGAUUUAAUAAUUUUUAAUCCAUUUCAUCCAUUUUCGUUUUUAUUUCUUCUUUGUUAUGUAUAAUCUCGUUGGCAUUAGAUAAACUAAAUUACCUAUUAUUAUUAAUAUUAUUAUUCAAGAGAGUUGUGUAACCUCCUAUAUUAUUGACAGUGGAAAUGCCAAAUUAUGGAACCCAUACCGCCGACGAAACAUAGAUAAUCAUGAUACAGCCAAAUAUUAAUAAAUACGUAUUUUUUUAAUAACCUUAAAUGCAGGAUGAUAGAAACAACCAGGUAUGAUCACAUCGAAUACGGCUUUACGGUAUGUUGUACUCACCACAUGUUUUUGUGUGUAAAGUGACGCCGAGCUACACAACAUUAUAAUCGUCAACUUCAAUGUACUUAUUACUCACUUAAAAUCAAUGUCUUGUGCAAAGGAUCUACGUGAUCAUAUACCUGGUUAUGUCUAUCAUAACCUACCAUACCCUCAAAUAAUUUUUUGUUGACAUUUUGAGCAAAAACUAUAUUAUUUUUUAAAAUUAUUCUUAACAAAACUAUUAAAACUUUAGUCGCUCCUGUAAAAUGUCAUUAUUCUGGGUUACAUUACUUAGCCUUUCCACCGUCAUUAACGAUUUUGCGAUUUUAUUUUUGUUUGUUUGUUUGUAAUAUAAUAUAUUAUGCAAUAAAAUUAUCCUUUUACGAAAUA